CUUAUGGGCUUAGCGGGAGAAAACUAGCUAAAUGUAUGACAUACAUUUAGCUAGUCUCCCGCUAAGAUAGACCAAUCACAGAGCCUGAUACUGCAACAUAAUUUUUUUUUCCUUUUUAAAGCUUUCCUCAAUAAGAAAUGUAACUUUACACCUAGCUAAAAGACAUUUUCGCUUUGAAUUCACUUUCUGGAAGAUUUAACCAAGAUGUUUUACUACAGUGUUGUUUUACGACGACACACUGGAUGUUUCUCGACAAUUUGGCUGGUGGCCACCGGGGGCAUCAGGGUCCCUCGCCGGGAGUUCCUGAAAGUCAACGUUAAACGCACCUGUGAGGACAUCAUGGACUACGUGCUGGAGCAGGUCCCGCCUCUUCAUCCCACCCUGCCGCGACCUCGCUUCUCCCUCUACCUGUCCUCCCAGCUGCAGUACGGCGUCGUCCUGGUCUUCCACCGCCAGUGUGCCAUUCUUCUGCAGGAGGUCCAGGCCAUCCUGAGUCAGCUGUUGAAGCAGAAGAAAUUUCAAGUGCUCGACAUGGAGGACCAGGGCAGACAAGUUUUACUCUUCCCGGAUGCUCUGGCUCACCUGGAGGAGGCCGAAGGAGCGCCUGAUCCGUUGUUUGGCGUGAUGGACGACAGCCUGGUGAAUCUCAACGCACUUUUGGAGAUGGAAGAGACUCACCUGCAGAGGGCAUCUCCACAUGAUGUCACACCACGCCCCUUGGCCACGCCGAAAGAUAUCACUGCUUUGCCAGAAAGAAUCACCCUGAGAGAGACGGAGCUGCCCCGUGGCCCUGUGGCACAGUUUGGAAGUCCAGACCUAGCAGGCGACGUCUCAGCGACACUGGAACUGCUCAUGGCCCAACCCGACGACUACCUGGGGGAUAGUGACCGAAGCAGGGGGGCUCCUGCGGAAGCAGAGGUGGAGCAAGCGAGGGCGCCGUCGAGGGGGCGAGAGAUGGACAGAGAGCCCACGCAACCGACUGUUGUAUUGCCGCCACUGACUUCUUCCAGCCAGGAUGAGCCCAGAGGAACACCUCCACCCGGGGAAGCUGAGCUGACCCCUAUUCAGCCCCCCACGCCAGCAACUGCAGCCAUAAGGCCCAAGACUAAGGCUGCGCCCCUCCCGGGGGUGGGAAUGCCAGAGCGGAGGAGCCGCAGGCAGCUGAUUUUCUUCGACCCGGAGACGCAGAUCUCCGAGGAGACGAUGAAUAGGCAGAUGCGGGACCCUCAGAUGGAAACCAAGGCCCCGACGCUCCUCCCACCUGUGUCGCAGAGGAGGAAGUCAGCCGACGAGCUGUUUGGUGCGCCUUGUAAUGACCUGCCCGAAGAGCUGCUGUCGCUAUGGAAACAGGCCGCCAUCAUCACGCCCGUCGACGGUACUGAGCUACGUCCCGGACAGGGAGGAACCGAGUCCAGCGAUUCGGAGCACGAACGAGCGCGCAACCUCUUGGAGGAGGAGCAGAUGGAAUUACCGAGGCCUGAGGUCCCCGUAGGUGCGGCAGAACUGGACACGGGUGAUGUCUCAGGGCCUGGUUUGCUGGAGGUGUCCGCCCAGCGGGAGUCCUCUGAGGAGAUCUCCAGCGUGCACCUUGCAGGUCAAGACGGGUCCAGAUCUGUCUCCACUCUGCCGGACAUCCCUGAGGGGGACGAGCUGGGGAUGGCAUCAAAGUCUGUGGGGUUGCUGUCCAGGUUGGAGGAGCAGCAGGAGCGCAUGGUGCUUUUUCAUACGCUCCUGCCUCUGGAGGCCGACCGCAGAACUGUCAGCAAUGUUUUUCAGAUGCUCCUCGGUCUUCUGUCGUCCAGGAAGCUGCGUGUGGAGCAGGACACCCCUUAUGGGGACAUCUUGAUCACUCCCGGUCCCAACUAUGAGGAGGACCUUCUGCCGCUGUGAAAAACAUUCACCUUUCACUAUGUUGCUGAUGUUUUUAUUCCUGUU